GUUUCAAGGAUGAAUUUUGGGAGAUUUCUUUUUGGUAAUUUUGUUCGUUAUGGUGGUAGAGAUUUUAUUAGACAUUUCAACAAAAGAAAAGUUAAAUUUGACUACGAUAAGCUGGUUAAAGUCAACAAAAAGGCGAACAAAAAACCGCGUUUAAAUCUGAUAUUGAAAGAAGAUGUUCCUAACUUAGGUGUUACUGGACAGAUGGUGCAAGUAAAACGUGGAUAUGGUCGAAAUUAUUUAGUUCUAAACAGAUUAGCUGUAUAUGCAACAGAUGAAAAUAAAGAAAAAUAUCUGGCAUCUCAAACGGAGCAAGGAGAAAAAGGAAGGCUAGUGGCAGAUCCAAAAAUUUUACCUUUCUUUGAGAGUGCAGUCUUGAAUAUUGAUGUUGAUGAAGGAGUGAGGUCUUGGGAGAUCACAAACCAAGAUAUCUCUGCUCAAUGUCGGAAGAAACUUAAUGUGGUUGUUCCAGCGCAUUGUAUUGAAAUGUCAGAGUCAAUAACAUCAUGUGGUGAUUAUAUAUUUAAUGUUAUCAUCAAUGAAAAUGUGAAAACUGAACUAAAAUGUUCUGUUAAGCCAAUCAAAGAGACAGAAUCAUAAAUGAUUGAUAAAAGUGUAAUAUAUUAUAUGUGGUAUCUUCAUACUUGUUCAUUUUUUUAUAAUAUAAAGUUGA